CGGCUCCGCCCCACGCCCGCUCCCGUCCUUCCCACGCCGGCGCUCGGUGACAUUGAGGGCGCCAGCGCCGCUGCCGCUGAGCAAGGUGCUGUGCGGUCUGCGGAGUGGCAGCCAUGGGGAACCUGCGCAGCUUUCGCCUGGCGGCGGGAAAUUUUUUUAGGUUAUAUGAAAGCAGUGCUUCCACAUCACUAAGGUUUACCAGAAACUCUGAUUUGAAGAGAUUGAAUGGAUUUUGCACCAAACCGCAGGAAAGUCCCAAAGAUCCAACCAGCACUUACAGCCACAGAGUGCCGCUGCACAAACCCACGGACUGGGAGAAGAAGAUCCUGAUAUGGUCAGGUCGCUUCAAGAGCAAGGACCAAAUUCCAGAGGCUAUCUCGUUUGACAUGCUUGAUUCUGCGAAGAACAAGUUGCGGGUGAAGAUAAGCUACAUAAUGAUUGCCCUGACGGUGCUAGGAUGUAUCGUGAUGGUUAUUGAGGGUAAGAAGGCUGCCAAAAAAAAUGUGUCUUUAACAAACUUGAACUUAGAAAAGAAAGCUCAUCUGAGGGAGGAAGCAGCUAUGAAGGCCAAAACAGAGUAGCGGAAGUCUCCAUGCCGGCCGGACUGUGAACAUCCAGGAGUAAUGCAACAACUGCCUGUGUUGAGAAGAGUGUGGUAUGACGACCCACUUCCUAAAUGUAUGUCUUGCACAAGCUUAUACCAGUUCCCUGUAGAGGUACAAAUAAAUUUUCUUACAGAAUGAUGUGUCUUGUUUUAUAGCUUUGAUACAAGUAAAAUGCAGCCUCCCAGCUUUUGAGGGGAAAUGAAAAAUGAGACAACUUACUUCAACUUUAAUAUUAAUGUUUCUUUAGACAAUCUGGUACCAUAUCUUACUUUAUUCCAGUCAUUACCAAAGUGACAUCCCUCCAGAAGCCAAAAUAGUUACACUAUUUCUCUCUUGUUACUUUUUUUUUUUUUUUUGUACUGGAGAUUGAAUUCAGGGCCUUUGCACUGGUCUGCAUCCCCCUUUUUGUUUUAUUUUAGACAGGGUCUCUUUAAUUUACUAAAUUGCCCAGGCAGAACUUGAAUUUGCAGUCCUCCUGCUUGUCUCCCAGGGUCCUGGGAUUACACAUAGGCACCACCACACCAGACUGUGUGUACUCAUUCUGAAGAGAUAGGGAAGGUGUGCCUUAAAGAGCCAGCCUUCUCAAAUGCCACGGUGCCUUUUGGAGGUCUGGCUCCAGAAAGCUGUGAGAAGCAGCCCAACUACACUGUCUUUGGGCAUGCCAGCAGGUGGAGGCUUCUAGGAAAGCAGUUGUUUUUGGUGUUUUUUUCCCCCUUUUUGAGACUGGGUCCCGCUAUGUAGUUCAGGAUGGCGGUGAACUUGUAGCCCAGGCUGGGCUUGAAGUCAAGGUGAUCUUCCCGCCUCAGCCUCCCAAGUGCUGGGAUUACAGGUGUGCACCACCGUGCCUGGUCUAGGAAAGCACUUUUGAAAACGUCCUGGCAUGGUAAUGACAGUGGUCUGAACAACAGUUUCUGAGGAUUUAAAAACCCUGCCAUUGUGAAGUUGCUUAGGGCCAGCCUAGUCGUCUAGUUCCAUGGUUUAGCGUUCCCAAUUGGUUCCUCUCCUGCCACCUGAGAAACUAAACUUCUCAAUUAUGAGAAUUUCAUGCAUUUUCUUUUAAUGUUAAAAAAUACGCAUUUUUUAAAAAUACACAUUUAAACCUAGGAUGUAACUCAUUUACAGUUCUGACUUUGGAAUGCCAACUUGUCUCAUAUUUGUGUGGAUACUGGUUUAUAUAAGCAUUUCAUUCACUCACACACACCUUGUUGAUGUUAUGAGUACCUUAGUAUUACCUCACAGGUCAUUCCCACUAUCUCAACAUGCUACUUUUCCUCAGUUAUAACAGAGAUUAGCAAGUAAUAUAUGCAGCUGUGGGGAAACUUUAAUAAAACACUCAGUAAAAUGUAACACUACCUACCUGUAGCUUCAGAAUCUGAUGAUGUUAAUGAUAUCUUGUCUGUGUACUUCUAGAGUAAGCUGACCUUAGCUGCUUUUCCAGCUUAUCAAAAAGCAUUGUUUCUUUUUUUUUUUUUUUAAAGCAUUGUUUCUUAUACAUUUUAGUUUUUCUUGAUCAUUCUGGGACCCCUAAACCAAUGUUUUAAAUGUGGGUAAAUUUUAAUUGGUACUUUUAAAAAUAAGUAACUUUUCUCUAUAGAACAAUGUAAUUCUUAACUGUUAAAGAGCAUUUAAGUGUUCUAUCUUGUAGAUUUAUUGUAAAGAUGUUUUAUUAAACUAAAGCUCAUUCACC